AUGGGAGACGCAGAUGUCUUCACCCGUAACCCUAAAGACAAGUUCCUUACGCCAGUCCCGCCUGUCCCACAGAAAACACUUCCACCUCCUCGGCUAGGGGACCUUUGCAGCGAACCGUAUCGUGUCCCCACCGUCUCGCUCACUACCCCAAGAUCCGCUACCUAUCCCUACACAACCCCAGCAUACUCACCCGGACCCGCACGACAUGCACGAAGUGCAUCCACUACACCUGCGUUGUCUCCGACAGCCCUGUUCACGGACUUUAGGGGAUUGAAGGAAAAGUUUGCGCAGAAGAGGUCAGCUUCGCAUGCAAGGGCAGGAUCGAGGAACAUCCGUGGUCUGGAGAUAGGAGCGCCUACUUUGAUCAGCACCACCGCCGACGGAGUCAAUCUCGUGCCAUUGUUGUCGCUUCAAGGGACUCCAAUACCUCCGCCCUCACCAACUCCCAAGACGUCAAAGUCCCUUUCCUCUCCCUCCGUUGCGCCACACACAGCUGCUUCCUUGCCAGCCUCUGUGAUGGAGAAGCUGCGCGAAUUCUCACCUCUUGGCUCGCACCCAAUAGACCCAGCAAAUGAUCUUGUUUCAUCAUCAUUAUCUGCCAGCGAAUUUGCUCACGACACGCGGCCGCGCUCACGAUCAGACGUUGCCCCAACCACAUCAGGCUCGCUCUGUGCGCCGAUCAGCAUUGUUCGAGCAAACUCGACCGACACGAGGCGAACGAAUCUCUUCUGCAACGAGCCGUGGAUUUCAUCACCGAGACUCCCACGACAGCAUGAGAUAGAUCCUGACGCAGCAGCCGAGGAUCCUCUUGUGCUUCAAAGGCCACCUGUAGCCCUCGAGCCUCCUUCUGUAGAUGCACGCCCAACCUCAAGCCACGGCGGUGAUCGCAGUUCUCGCUUGCGUAACUCGGCAAUGUCCACAAACAAGGAACUACCUCCUCUGCCACGUUAUCUCGUUCCCGCUCCACUGUACGCAUGCAACAGUGCAGAUUCUAGCCCAAAGAUGGAGGACGCGCCCGAAGAGCACGAGUAUCAGGAAAUCCAGGUCGACGAUGCCCGGUUCCAGAUGCUGUCGGGGCCUAAGGAGGGACAUUUCUCAACAUGGGGCGCUGAGUCGGGCACGUUCAGCUCACCGACAUCCGACGAAGAUGACGUUUAUUCGCCCACUUUCAGCUCCUUGACCAGCGACUGUAGUGAGACCGGUUCCCCGCGGCGAUUCUCGCGUUUCUCUAUUAGCGAUUACAUACACAGCCCCGAUCGCGGCUCUGCAUUCGUAGGAGGGAACUUUGAGAAGAACGAGCAGGAUGGGCCCACGGCCAAUGGCGACGUCUCUGCCAUGCUCCCAAAGCUAGAGAAGCUCCACCUUUCAUCGUUCGGACCCAGUCUCUUCGAUCUCGACAUUCAACACGCAGAAUCCGCGCCCCGUAGGCAAGCGGCAUGCUUCGGACUAGGUUUCCAGGGCUAUAAGCUACCAGAAGACGAAGCCGCGUCCAAGGUGAACGUAACCAAGACUUCGCUCCACUCUCAUCUUGCGAUACACCACGACCGCGGCACCUCCACCAGCCGUAACGAAAAGAUUGUCAAUGACUUUGGCUUCAUUUGCGGUACCGUUAAUUGA